UUUUUCUUACCGAGUAAAAAUAGCUUGAGGAAAUAUGACAAGAAAUUCAGGCGACGAAAACAAAGUUGGAGGACUCGGAAUUGUUCCGGAGACACUCACGGAGGACAACUACGAGCACUGGAAAAGGUGUCUGAAAACCUAUUUGGUGGGUCAUGGCUUAUGGGGUGUUGUGUCCGGAAAGGAAUCCGAACCGGACAAAGAGAAUAACCAAGAACACGACGAGUGGGAGAAGAAAAAUGCUUUGGCUCUACAUGCCAUUCAAAUUUCUUGCGGAUCGGGUAUAUAUGCUAAGUUUGAUAAGGCGCACGUUUCGGCGCAUUAUGCGUGGACUCAUCUUGCUGAGAGGGCAUUCGGACAUAAAGAACGUCAAGUCGAGGAUCAUAAUGGGACCAAAGAGUACCUUAAAUACGAGGACUUGUACAAGGCAAUCGAAGAAGGCAAUUGGCAUAAAACACAAGACUUGAUGAAGCAAACUCGGGGGGCAUUUAAGGCAAGGGUGUCUUCCCAUAACGAUACGCCCCUUCACAUUGCAAUUUUGUGUGGGCACUUAAAGAUUGCAGAGCAUUUGGUAGGUAUGAUAGAACCUUCUGACUUGGGUUUGAUAAAUGAAUACGGCGCGACCGCACUUUCUCUUGCUGCUGUCUGUGGUGCGACAAAGUUGGCAAAGAUGAUGGUAAUUAAAAAUACAAAUUUAGUGACAAUGUCGAAUGAUCAUGAAGAUGGACAACUACCUGUGGUUGUGGCUGCUUUUUACGGACAAAAGAAUAUGGUCCGUUAUCUUUAUAAAGUGACACCUAAAUAUGAGCUGAGUCCGGAAAAGGGUGAGAAUGGGGUGAAGCUUCUUAACUGUCUCAUUACCGAUGAAAUCUACGAUGUCGCGUUGUUGCUACUAAAACAGUAUCCAAAACUAGGAGUUACACCGGAUCGUAGCGGCAACUAUGCUCUCAAAAUAUUGGCUCACAAACCUUCAGCCUUCCUUAGUGGGUCGAAGUUUGCAUUUUGGGAGAAAUGGAUCUAUGAUUGUGUGAUAAUUCAUACUCAUUGGGACACACAACAGAAGUUUCGUAGAGAAGAACACAUGGAAACCGAAACAGUGAGUGUUGACCAGAGAAUCCAGAUUCAUGACUCAAGCGACGAAGAAUUCGAAAAAAGGCGACACAUCCAUCUCCAAUUUCACAACGUAUUCCACAAACUCGGUUGGGGCAUUUUACAAUGCUUAGUACCAGAGAUAAAAUCAAUCCAUCACAAGAAGUUGGUACACCACGAGGCCGUGGAGCUCCUGAGAUGCAUCUUUCAGGAGAUGCGAAUGUUGACCAAUGCAGAUCUCGAAAAGAUGGAUAUCGACACAAUAAUUUACGACGCUAUAAAACAUGGCAUACUUGAAUUCAUACGUGAAAUACUCAAAUACAAGCCCGAUAUUGUGUGGAAGAAAGAUAAGAAAGGAAGAACAAUCUUCGCGCACGCAAUUGUCUUACGUCAAGAGAAGAUAUUCAGCCUUAUAUACAGUUUAGGAACAAAGAGGAGCAUCAUGGCUCGCAGGCACGACGUCUUCAGGAAUAAUUAUUUGCAUCUUGCGGCAAAGUUAUCUCCCCCUUCUCAACUAGAGCGUGUUUCCGGGGCAGCCCUGCAAAUGCAAAGGGAACUGCAAUGGUUUAAGGAAGUGGAGGGCAUUGUUCAACCAAAGCUGAAAGAAGAAUCGAACGAGAACAACAAAACCCCAGAAGUCCUUUUCAGCGACGAGCACAAGCAGUUGAUCAGCGACGCAGAGAGUUGGAUGAAGAACACCGCAGGAUCGAGCAUGAUUGUAGGGACGCUAAUCGCUGCAGUCAUGUUCACAACCGCCUUCACAGUGCCAGGUGGCAAUAAAAACGACUCCGGCCUGCCAACAAUGCUCGAGACAAAACCGGGCCCGUUCUUGAUUUUCAUGGUCUCGAAUGCGCUGUCCAUGUUCAGUUCCUCGACUUCUCUGCUCAUGUUCUUGGGAAUUCUCACCGCAAGAUUUGCGGAACGGGAUUUCCUCAGGUCGUUGCCGACGAAGCUGAUUUUGGGGCUCACGUGCUUGUUCUUCUCCAUAGUUACGAUGAUGGCUUCUUUCGGGUCGGCAUUGUAUAUGAUUUUGCAUGACCAGUUGGCUUGGGUUACUGUUCCGAUUAUCGUUCUUUCUGUGAUUCCGAUUGCUCUUUUCUCGGUUUUGCAGUUUCCUCUGUUGAUUGAAAUGACUGUUCGUACGUACGGGUCUGGGAUUUGUGACAAGCCUAAGAGAAAUAUCAUUGUCCGUAGGUGUUUUUAAAUUACUUGUCUCGUUUCACAUGUUAGAUUUGUAUGUGAUUUAAAAUUUCACGCGACAAUAAUUUUGUAAA